GGAAGGUUCUCAGCUGCCCGACUCCUCACAGCUUCGGUCGAUUUGGCGAACGAGACGAGCACCUCCGGCCAGGCGGUCACUGGGUGGCUGCCUGACGUGGACUCUUCCAACACCACCAGUCUUGCUCCCGCCGGCCGACCAACAGCAUCAGAAGCAGCAGCCUCGCCAUGAGUCAGGAAUUCAGUUACUUCGCGCCCGGCCCGGCCAAGAUCCCCGAGGAGGUGCUCCGCGGGCUUCAGCAGGAGUUACUGCACCACAAAGACACUCACGUCAGCAUCCUCGAGGUAUCCCACCGCUCAAAGGACUUCGGUGACAUCAUCCAAGCCGCGGAGAAGUCGGUCAGGGAGUUGCUGAAUGUCCCCGCCAACUACCGCGUGAUGUUCCUGCAAGGCGGCGGCACGGGCCAGUUCGCCGCCGUCCCCCUCAACCUCAUCUCCAGGACGGGCAAGGCGGACUACAUCGUGACAGGAUCCUGGUCAGCGAAGGCGGCGAAGGAGGCGGCGAAGUACGGGCAGGUGAGCGAGGUGGUGCCACGGGCGGAGCGCUACACAGGUGUGCCGCCCCCCGCCACCUGGACGCUCGACCCCCAGGCCUCCUACGUCUACUACUGUGCCAACGAGACGGUAGAAGGCGUGGAGUUCCAGAGUGUCCCCGAGGUGCCCGCCGGAGUGCCGCUGGUGUGUGACAUGUCCUCCAACUAUUUCACGCGGCCCGUCGACGUCUCCAAGUUCGGUGUGAUCUACGGAGGCGCGCAGAAGAACAUCGGGUGCUCGGGGGUGACUCUGGUGAUCAUCCGGGAGGACCUUCUGGGCCACGCGCUGCCCAUCUGCCCCUCCGUCCUCGACUACACCGUCAUUGACAAGAACAAGUCCCUCUACAACACGCCACCGACGUUUGCCAUCCACGUGACGGCGGAGGUGCUGGCGUGGGUGAAGAAGGAGGGCGGGGUGGCGGAGAUGGAGCGGCGGUGUCUGGAGAAGAGCAACAUGAUCUACUCUAUUAUUGAUGGCUCCGGCGGCUUCUAUAGCACCGUCGUGGACCCCGCCAGCAGGUCCCGGGUCAACGUGGUGUUCCGGGUGGGCGGCGCGGGGGGCGACGAGGAGAUUGAGAAGAGCUUCGUGGAGGAGGCGGCGAGGAAGGGGCUGCUCUCCCUCAAAGGACACAGGUCGGUGGGAGGCAUCCGGGCAUCUCUGUACAACGCCCUCACCGUCCAGGACACGAGGAGACUAGCGGAUUUCAUGCUCGGUUUCCAGGACCAACACAAGGCUUAAGGGGGGCGUCCAAGGUAGCAAGGCUGAGAAAGGUUAAGGAGAAGGUUGAUGAGAGGGUCCAGUCAGAAGUUGGGGAUGUAGGUGAUGUUAUUGUUUUUUUGUGAGUGUGUGUGCUUGCCGAUUUUUCUUUUCACCAAUACAAAGGUUAGUUAAGUGGUAUAGGCGAUGUUGUUGUUGUUGUUGUUGUUGUUGUUGUUUGUUGUGCUUGCCAGAUUUUUUUUCUUUUACUUUGUUUUAAUUUGUCAUUGUCAUUAUUUCAAUUUUUUUUUGUUCACGCCAAAUUUCAAUCCAAUUUUGCUUACCUCUUCCUUGACGUAGUUUUAAGCACUUCAAUAUUUUUUUUCUUUAUUACUAUUAUUCAGAUUUUCAUUUAUUUUUUUCAUGAUAUACGUUUUGAUAUCGGCUUGAUGAGUAACGGAUCACAUGACACACGCACACACACACACACACACACACACACACACACACACACACACACACACACACACACACACACACACACACACACACACACACACACACUCACCAUUCAGUUCCAGGAGCCACAUGACAGUGAUGUAUAUAGGAUUCUCGCCUUUAUCUUCGUUAAUACUAUAUGUUUUUUUUUUUAUGUGUUUCUAUCUGGUCUUUUUUUCUGGUAUUCUUUUUCUGUAUUAUCCUUUCUCUGGUGUUGUUAUUUUCUUUAUUUUCCUUUUCCUUGUGUUAUGUAGGGUGUAUACAUCGCAUUUUCUUGGGGCUGUAUACUGCUACGGUUGAGUGUCCACCCUAGAAGAGCCUCACCCAUACCAACAUAUCACACCAAACGCCUCAGCUGAAGAUCACACACAGCUUACGGCGGUGUGCAUGACAGGACGCGUCAAACCAAACACACAAUAUAUACGUUUAUCGAGGCAGCGGAGACGUGGGUUGAGGCAGCCGCGCCCCGCUCAGUGUGAUGUGAUAGGCAGAGGAAAAUACGAAUAAAAAUGUGCAAUGUA